AUGUAUGUACUUAAAAGAUUUGCACAAGUCAAGAAAAAGCUCUUUGAAGAUGAUGAAAUUUCUGAAAAUGACAACAUUGAAGACACUUCAAACAAAAAUAUUGUGAAGAUAAACAAGAAACUUUUGAGCGUCAAAGAGAGACCAAGAAAAUACCCGUCUCUAAGCGAAAAUGAUUGUUUAUUAAUUCCUUUAAACAUGCCCAGAUCAUGGAUCCAGUGCAAAAAAAAGUAUAAAAAAGCCUUGAAGGUGUCCGAAAUCGUAGACUAUCUUCAAGAUAUUGAAGAUUAUAGUGAUGAGGAGUUGAAUGACAUUGAAGUUGCCAUAUUGCCGCCGGAUGAGGUAGAUGAAAUGACUGACAUAGAAGAAGGUCAUGACUACGAUAUGGGAGUUUUUCCAGUGUCUGAUGUAGCUGGUCAAGUGGAAUUUUCGUGCACGAUCGAUAAUGUCGCGGAAAAUCUACUAGUGCUAAGUUAA